CAACAAUCUCCGCACUCAGCGCCAUGGCUCACGCAGAGUCGGCGUCGGCGCCUCUCAAGCGACAGUUGUCCAUCGAUGUCGACGACAGUGCAGAAGCUGGUCCGUCGGCGCGCACUCUGGAGAUCAAGCGGAGGCUGGUGCGAGCCAAGAAGCUGCGUCGUCCCGAAGACUCUAAUGACGAUCCACCCCCAUCACCACCCGCGCCGGAACCCAUUCCAGCCCAGCCCUCCUCUCCAGCACGAGAUGUCUCGCAAUCACCAUCACCGCAGAAGCGCACUCCUUCACCACGCCCCCCCUCGCCACCCCGAGGCUUCCCCCGGUCCGCGUACGCGCCGCCAAGAAGCGCCCAUCCCGGCCUCACCGGCUGUCGGUCUGUCUACAGCUACUCUCGGCUGAACCACAUCGAAGAGGGAACAUAUGGCGUCGUUUUUCGCGCACGAUGUAACGACACGGGCGAGAUUUACGCGCUCAAGAAGCUGAAGCUUGACGAAGAGCGGCACGGCUUCCCCAUCACGAGCUUGCGCGAGAUCAUGGCGCUCAUGACCGCUGGCCAGCACGAGAAUGUGGUGGGCAUUCGUGAGAUUGUCGUAGGGGAUACGUUGAACCAAAUCUUCAUCGUGAUGCCGUUCAUCGAGCACGAUUUGAAAACGCUUCUCGCGGACAUGCCACACCCGUUCGUGCAGUCCGAGGUCAAGACAAUCAUGCGCCAGCUGCUCUCGGCCGUCGCGCACUGCCACUCGCUCUGGAUUCUCCAUCGCGAUUUGAAGACAUCCAAUCUCCUCAUGAACAACCGCGGGCAAAUCAAGGUAGCGGACUUUGGCCUCGCCCGCAAGUUCGGGGAUCCGCUUGGCGACAUGACCCAGCUCGUGGUGACGCUGUGGUAUCGUGCGCCUGAGCUGCUCCUCGGCUCGAAGGAGUACACGACCGCCAUCGACAUGUGGUCCAUCGGCUGCAUCUUUGCCGAGCUGAUACAAACCGACCCGCUCUUCCCGGGUCGAGGCGAGAUCGACCAGCUGGGCCGGAUCUUCAACUUGCUGGGCAAGCCGAACGACGACAUGUGGCCGGGGUUCUCGCGCCUCCCAAACGCCAAGAAGAUCAACCCUGUCGGCCCGACAUUCUCGACGUUGCGGCAGAAGUUCAGGCAUCUCACUUCAAACGGCCAUGCACUAAUGGCCGCGCUCCUCUGCUAUGACCCCGAGCGCCGCAUAUCUGCGGCUGAGGCGGUGGACCAUGCCUACUUCUCUGAAGAGCCGCUGCCGAAGCCGCCAGAACAAUUCGCCGCCUUCCCGAGCGUAGCCUCCGGCGAGCGGCGGCACAAACUGUUGCCCAGCCCACGCGCGCCAGCGCACGAGGAGGCGGGGGACACGGACGGACUCGAGAGGCCCGACGCCCUCGACUUGGAGUCGCUCGUGUAGACGCACCAUAUCAGCAUGCAAGGCGUCUGUCGUCGCAGCCAAAUGACGCCGGCCCCAACGGUGGAGACGGAGUGAAGAAGCCGGCGCGACUUGCGGGAAGUACAGCGCCCACGAGCGCCGACACUUGAGCAUUUGAUCUUGUCCUGCAUCAAAGCACUAUCUGCAUGUCAAGUACUCCUCUUCGAGC